GCGGGGGGUGGCGGCGGCGGGCCGGGAGGCGGCGGCGGCGGCGGGCCGGUGGGGCACCGCGCUGCGCCGCCGCGCCUCUCCCCGGCGCCGCGGAGCGGAGAUGCCUUUUGAUUGCAAGACUGCUGAAAUGUUUUGAGGGCUGCCUCGCGUUCCCUAACCAUGAACAGUUCAAAAUCACCAGGGCUGGCUGGAUUUGGAGUCUUGAAAAACACAACCUGCCACACGGAGAAGAAGAUAUCAGUUUUCUUUUCCAUAAUCUUCAUGACAGUGGGAAUUUUGUCCAACAGUCUUGCCAUAGCAAUUCUCAUGAAGGCGUAUCAGAGAUUUAGACAGAAAUCAAAAGCCUCCUUUUUGCUUCUUGCUAGUGGUUUGGUCGUCACAGAUCUCUUCGGCCACCUCAUCAACGGAGCCAUUGCAGUGUUUGUGUAUGCAUCGGAUAAAGACUGGAUUCGAUUUAACCAGUCCAACAUUCUUUGCAGUGUUUUUGGCAUCUGCAUGGUUUUCUUUGGUUUGUGCCCGCUCUUCCUGGGCAGCGUGAUGGCUGUUGAAAGGUGCAUUGGAGUCACUAAGCCAAUAUUUCACUCUACAAAAAUGACUUCUAAACAUGUGAAAAUGAUGUUGACUAUGGUAUGUCUGUUUGCUGUUCUUAUAGCUUUGCUGCCUAUCCUUAGGUUUAGAGCCUAUCAAAUUCAAGCAUCGAGGACCUGGUGCUUCUAUAAAACAGAACAUGUUGAGGACUGGGAAGACAGAUUUUAUCUCUUACUUUUUUCUUGCCUUGGGUUACUGGCCCUUGCUAUUUCAUUCUUGUGCAAUGCUGUCACAGGAAUUACCCUCUUAAGAGUCAAAUUUAAAAGUCAACAAAGACAAGGCAGAUCUCAUCAUUUUGAAAUGAUCAUUCAGCUCUUGGCUAUAAUGUGUGUUUCUUGCAUUUGCUGGAGUCCAUUCCUGGUGACAAUGGCCAGAAUUGGUAUAAAUGAGAGUCAUUCAAAGGAGACCUGUGAAACAAUACUUUUUGCUCUCCGAAUGGCAACAUGGAAUCAGAUUUUAGAUCCCUGGGUGUACAUUCUUCUCCGGAAAGCUGUACUUAAAAACCUGUACAAGAUCACAAGGGGAUGUUGUGGCGUGCACAUCAUAAACUUGAACAUGUGGGAACUCAGCUCCAUCAAGAAUUCUUUGAAGGUUGCAGCAAUAUCUGAAUCACCAGUAAGUUCCAAACAAAUAAACCUACAGCCACUCAGCUCUACGGGGCAAUAAAGUUAAACACAACGUAUGAAGAGAUGAUGGAGGCAACGCUUAUACACGGGCAAUACCUUAAAAUGAAUUCCAAGGCUCAGUGGUUUGGCAUUUGUUUUGAAUUUUGAGUGGUUUGCUCUUGUCGCUUACUGGUUUGAUAUUUUGCAUGUGCCCAGCUUAUUAAAGGAUCCAGUUUGCUUGGUUCAUUGACUUGACCUCUUAAUUAUUCACUGUUCCAUGAACUUUUGGGAGAGCUGCAAAGUUCGCCAGUAUAAGCGUUCCCUUCAAAUCACUGACAAAACAUGAGGUUCCCUGUGGGAACACAGAAGCAGAUCAGCUCAGCCUGCUUACAGUUACAUUUUCAGAUCUAUCGGUGAGUUUUUACUCCUUUCAACAAAUUUUGUUGAAACUAACAGGCAUAAAGCUGUGGUUAAUCUGUAAAAAGAGUUGGUUUUUUUUUUUCCUGUAAACUGAAGGAAGUUUCUUGAAGCGUUUCCUUAACGCAUAUACUGAAAUGCUCUUGAGGUACAUCAGCUUCAUUUGUAAAUGGUCAUGCGAGUCUCAUGAAAAAUGUGUGUGACCCAAUGAGCACCCCCGCAGUGGGAGCGCGGUUAUGCUUGUGAAAGCAAGCACCACGCUCAGUUUUUGCAGUGUCUGUCUGAAGAGCUGAGGGCAUUCAGUAUGUUUGAAGGUACCGGAAAGUUUCCAGGACUUUAUACAGGAGACCCUUCACCUUUAAUGCUGCUAAAAGAGGCUUUGGUUUUUUCGUGACUGUACUUUGUUCAGAAGCAAAAAUGGGAGUAUCAGAGACUUUGUAGCAGAGGGGUUGUUUUAAAAUAGAAAUGUCUAAUGUUAUUUCCACCUACGUCAAAUAACUACAUUAGUGAAUUGGUGUAUUGGGACAAAGUAGUUAAAAACUAAUUCACCAAGAAGACAGCCCGAGGGACCACAACUAUUCGCAAACUACAAAUUCAUGUUGUAUGUGAGAAUAGUUUAAGUCACAAAAUAAAAACCCAAAAGGUUUAAAUAUAUCAGUUUUUUGUUUUAAAAGCUAUUUCCUUUUUGUUUUAAAAAGGUUGAAAAAUAAAUGGGUUAAAUAACCCUAUAAUGAAAUGAAAUGGCUUCGUUUACCCUGAAGAAUUUCUGUAUGUGAUUUAUUUCCUCAGCCACCACGCUGAUAAACUGUGGACAGAUUUGAUGCUGGUGUAAGCUCCACACUGUUGCUUUCGUGUGGGUUCUGCUGAAAUUUGGAAGUGUUCAGUUAGUGCUCAGUUUGGCUUUUUCAUUUCUUAGAAUGUGAUGCCAGUGUUAUCUGUUGCCAUAAAUUAUUUGUUCUUUAUGGAAGAUAGUUGUUUUAGCAGCUGCAAAAACCUGUUGGUCUGUAAAUCGUUGAGAUAUUUGAUCGGUGAAUGAAGCUCGUAAACGUUCCAUUUUGUUACGUGAAUAAAUGUAGCUUGUGUAGUUCAUACUGGUUGACUUGUAAAACAAACAAACAAAAGUUUAUAUGUAUAUGUGAUUUCUUAUAUUUUGUGUACAAAUACGUAUUGAAUGUAAAUUGCAAAGCCUCAUUAAAGUUAUCAAAAUG